ACUGCAGAUCCAGCAACUUUCGCACCUUCUCGAUCUCGUGUUUUCGCAAUCGCUUUGGAAGUGUCUUUAUUCAGUUCUUCAUUUAAAUUUUUGUGUUCUUCCAUAUCCUCUAUCGCAAAAUGGCUAUGCGAGUAAUGGUUGGCGUGAAGCGGGUUAUUGAUUACGCAGUGCGAGUUCGCGUAAAGUCAGACCGCACCGGAGUCGUGACUGACAAUGUGAAGCACAGUAUGAACCCGUUCGAUGAGAUUGCCGUGGAAGAAGCUGUGCGGCUGAAGGAGAAGAAGGCAGCGAGCGAGAUCGUCGCGGUCUCGUGUGGACCCACGCAAGCACAAGAAGUGCUAAGGACGGCACUGGCCAUGGGUGCGGAUAAAGCCAUCCACGUGGAAGUGCCGGCGAAGGAAUAUGAGAACCUAUCGCCCAUUCAUGUCGCCAACAUCAUUGCCAAACUUGCCAAGGAGGAGAAAAUUGAUCUGGUUAUUCUAGGCAAACAGGCUAUUGAUGACGACUGCAAUCAGACUGGUCAGAUGGUAGCCGCCCUGUUGAACUGGCCACAAGCCACCUUCGCAUCGGAAGUUGCCCCGGAAAACGGUGGUCUUAAAGUGACCAGGGAAAUUGAUGGUGGGCUGGAGGUUGUCAAAGUCAAACUGCCUGCAGUGGUCACCACGGAUUUACGGCUCAAUCAACCUCGUUAUGCUACUUUACCAAAUAUAAUGAAAGCCAAAAAGAAACCUAUCGAUAAGAAGACUCCCGCUGAUUUAGGCGUGGAUGUUGCGCCCCGGCAAGAGAUUGUCAGUGUGGAGGAACCGCCGGUGCGCAAAGCCGGAAGUAAGGUCGAAUCCGUAGAAGAUCUUGUUAAAAAAUUGAAGGAAGCGGGAAGAAUCUAGAGGACGUACUAUUGAUUACUUUUAAUUGUUGCUGCAAUUUAAGAUGUUCUAAGCGUGGAUGUUUGUUUACCGUAACAUCGUUAAUUAAUUCUGCGUCAUUCGUAUUUUAGUAUUGAACGGAACUGAGUAAUAAUUUAUAACGUUUCUGGAAUUACCGUUGAAAGACUGAAGUGGUAUCAUUAGAUUUACGGUGAUUGGGUAUUCGUUCUUCAGGAAGAAAAUGAAAUCGAUUAAAACAUCAUACAGUUCA